AUGAGAUCAAUAUUACCAAUUUCAGUUUUAGUAACUACUGCUUUAUCAGCUAGUAUGAGUACUAUUAGAUCAACUACCAUUUCCUCACUAUCAUCAUGUUCAUCUUCAUCUUCAACAGAACCAUCCUCAUCGGCCUUACCUGUUGCACCGAACUUGUCAUCUGCUCGUUAUCAAAAUACUACUAUUCAAACAAUUCAACCUAAUUCUGCUAGUAAUGAUAUCAGUAGUAUUAUUAGUUCUGAUAGUGAAGCACCAGAAACUCGUUAUGAAUAUGAAACUGAUACUGAUUAUACCCAUGUCACCAAAACUGUUUGUGAUGCUAAUAACAACUGUUAUGUUACUGUUGAAUCAGAAAGUUUAACUACUUAUACUACAACCAUUGAUGGUGUGUUGACUGUUAUCACUACCGCUGUAUCAGCUUCUGCUGCUGCUACUGCUACUGCUGAAUCAACUAUCGCUUCUACUUCUUCUGGUGCUACUGUUGCUUCUCCAAUUUCAACUAAAGCUGCUAUCAAAUCUUCUUCUUCUUCAAUUACAAGUAAACCACAAGAAACUCAAUACGAAUAUGAAACUGAUGUUGAUGUUUCUCAUGUUAUUAAAACUGUUUGUGAUUCUGAUAACAAAUGUUAUUUGACAACUGAAGUACAAAGUUCUACCACUUAUACCACAACCAUUGAUGGUGUGUUGACGGUUAUUACUACAGCUGUACCAAUUUCUAAAACUGAAACAAGUUCUCCUCUGGUGAUCACUUCUUCUGCUGCUGCUGCUGUUACUGAAGAAUCAACUGAAACCGAGGUUUUGACUACUGUUAUUACUGUUACUUCAUGUUCUGAUAACAAAUGUGCAUCAACUGUUUUCACUAGUGGUUAUUCAGUUUAUACCGUUGAUGAAACUGCUUAUACUACUUAUUUCCCAGUUACAACAAUCACUUCUAAAUUAUCGUCUGCUUCUAUUAAUGGUGAAGCCACAAAUACUAAAGUUGCUGCCACUACUAAAGCUACUGCUACUGCUUCUGCGUCUACUUCUGUUGCUACUUCUGGUACUCCACAAGAAACUGAAACUAAAAUUUCUACAGCAAUUGUUACCAUUACUUCCUGUUCAAACAAUAAAUGUCAUGAACAAACAAAGACUACUGGUAUUAAAGUUUACACUAGUGAAGAAACUGUUUAUACCACUUAUUGUCCAUUAUCAAGUACUUCUGAACAAAAAACCACUAACUCUGUUGAAACUCCAAAAUCAAAUCCAUCAAAUCCUUCAUCUUCUCCAAUUGUUGAAAAAUCUUCAAGUUUAGAAGCCACUUCUAGUAAUACUGCCACCACAAGCACUAGUACCACUACUUCUAUUCCACCAGUUACUAUUAAUGUGAUAUCAGGAAAUAUCGUUACUGAAACUCCAGUUGUUGAUCAAAUUCAAUCAACUUCAACUCAUAAUCCACAAAAAUCAACUAUUGCCAUUAGUACUUAUGAAGGUGUUGGUGCUACCAUUAUCACAAGUAAUGUGACUGGUUUCCUUUCUUUAGUGAUUUCUCUUAUUUUCUUUAUGAUAUAA